ACGACAUCUUACUCUUGAAGUUGUGCACUUCCUGGUUUAAAGUAUUAACAUCAUUAGGGCUCACGGCUGUGGUGGAUUGCGAGAAAUGUAAACAGAACCGUAUGAUACUGCCUCUAGAUGUUUAUCUGGUGACAAGAUAUGAGGAAUGAGGAAACUUGAGCAAUGGAGAAACACAGCGAAACAUGGAACAAGCAGACAGAGGAGCAGAGGCAAGUGUCUGAGGAGAGACCUCCAUCACCUGCCUCCACCUGUCUGUCUAUGAAGAGUGACAGGUCUCAGAAUCGUGGCAUCACAUUCCAGCAUGGAGACCGAAAAGAGACAUCAAGUACGCAAGUCCAUGAGGAGAGACCUCCAUCACCUGCCUCCACCUGUUUGUCUAUGAAGAGUGACAGGUCUCAGAAUCGUGGCAUCACAUUCCAGCAUGGAGACCGAAAAGAGACAUCAAGCAAAAUGGAGGAAAAUAUAUCACAUGCAGCCAGUUUCCAGUUAACCCAGAUUCCACAGUGCAAUUUCGAUCAUAUAUUGCAGGAGCUUGAAAAUAAGAUAUUUACAUUCCUGAGGAAUGAGCUGAAGAGAUUCAAGAGGAUUCUGAGUCCAGACUACAUAGAGAAAUUCGAGCAUAAAGAUGAUGAUGAUGAGAGUGAUGCCAGAGAAGGUGCUCUGAAGAUGACACUGCACUUCCUUAGGACCAUGGACCAGAAGGAGCUUGCUGAUAAACUGCAAGAAAAUGAAAAUGGUAUCGUUUGUCGCACUGAGUUGAAGAAGAGCCUUCAGAACAGGUACCAGAGUGUGCUUGAAGGGAUACAAAUGCAAGGAGGUUCUGCUCUGCUUGAAAAGAUCUACACAGAAGUCUACAUCACAGAGGGAGGAAGUGGGAAAGUGAAUGAGGAGCAUGAAGUCAGACAGAUUGAGAUGAAAUCCAAACUCUCUGCUAGACAAGAGACACCAAUCAAAUGCAGUGACAUCUUCAAACCCUUACCUGGACAAGAUAAACCGAUCCGAAGAGUCAUCACAAAGGGAGUGGCUGGCAUUGGUAAAACUGUGUCAGUUCAGAAGUACAUACUGGACUGGGCUGAGGGCAAAGAAAACCAGGACAUCCACUUCAUAUUUCCACUACCAUUUCGGGAGCUCAACCUCAUCAGAGAGGAACAGUACUCUAUGAUGGCACUUCUCCACCACCUUUUCUCAGAAAUUAAGCCGUUAACCUUUCAGAGCCAAGAGAAGCGCAAAGUGUUGUUCAUCUUGGAUGGUCUGGAUGAAUGUCGACCUCAGCUGAACUUUCCGAAAAGUCAUAGUUUGACUGAUGUCACAGAGGUGUCUUCAGUGGACAUGCUCUUGACAAACCUGAUCAAAGGUCAUCUGUUUCCUUCUGCUUUAGUGUGGAUCACCUCUCGACCAGCAGCAGCCAAUCAAAUUCCACCAGUGUGUGUUGAUCGUGUUACAGAGGUACAAGGCUUUAGUGACCCACAGAAGCAGGAGUACUUCAGGAAGAGGAUCAGUGAUCAGAAUGUUGCUGAAGGAGUAAUCUCCCACAUCAGAUCAUCUAGGAUUCUUUACAUCAUGUGCCACAUACCAGUGUUUUGCUGGAUUGCUGCUACUGUACUUCAGCAGGUCAUCGCAGGAGGUAAAAAGGUUCCGAAGACGUUGACAGAGAUGUAUACAUACUUCCUUGUCUUUCAAAACAGACAGCGCGGUCUGAAGUUUGAUGACGUCUAUGAUGAGGAUCCUCAGUGGAACCAGGCUUGUCUGCUUGGUCUUGGAAGACUAGCCUAUGAACAACUGGAAAAAGGAAACCUGAUCUUUUAUGAAAAGGAUCUGAAAGAAUGUGGUCUUGAUGUGGAGGAGGCAGCAAUUCGCUCUGGCAUCUUCACCCAAAUGUUUCAAGAAGUAUCAGGGGUGAUCCUGGGGAAAGUGUACAGCUUUGUGCAUUUAAGUAUUCAGGAGUAUCUUGCAGCAUUAUAUGUGUUCCUGAUGAUGAGAAAUAAAAGAAAAGACCUUGUGUCAAUAGAGCAACCACAAGCAAGUAAUUUUCGGUUAGAAAGAAAGUUUCCUUCAAAGAAGCAGAAAUCAAUGAUUGCUCUGCAGAAGAGUGUUGUGGACAAAGCUUUCCAGUGUGAAGAUGUACGCUUUGACCUUUUCCUUCGUUUCCUUCUUGGCCUCUCACUGGACUCCAACCAGAAUCGACUACAUGGCUUACUGCAGAAGCAACAUGUUCAGACUGACAAUGAAGAAAUAAUCAGGUACAUUAAGGGAAGAAUUAGAGAAGCUUCUUCAUCAGAAAGGGUGCUCAACCUCUUCCACUGUCUGAAUGAACUCAAUGACCACUCGUUAGUGAAGGAGAUACAGAGCUUCCUGAGUGCAGGGACUGUGUCAGAAGCCCACCUUUCACCUGGGCAGUGGUCAGCACUAGUGUUUGUGCUGCUGACAUCAGAGGACAAGCUGGAUGUGUUCGACUUGCAGAAGUACGGCAGGUCUUAUGAAUGUCUGGUAAGACUGCUGCCUGUACUGGAGGAAUCCCAAACUGCUCUGCUCAACCACUGUAAUCUCACUAAACAAAGCUGUGCACUACUGGCAAGUGUUCUCCGCAAACCAUCCUCAAAACUGAAGAGUUUGGAUCUCAGUGGCAACAAGAUUGGAUAUAUUGAAGUUGGAGAAAUUUGUAAUGGGCUGAAGACCUCAAUCUGUACUCUGGAGAUGCUCAACUUGUCAUGGUGCACUAUUGGAGAGGAAGGCUUCAGAGCUCUUGCAUCAGCACUGAGAUCAAACCCCUCACACAUGAGAGAGGUGCAGCUGAGUUGGAAUCAUGCAGGAGAUUCAGGGGUGAGGUAUCUUUCUUCUCUUCUGGAGGAUCCCAACUGUAAACUGGAGACACUACACUUGUCUAACUGCAGUUUUGGAGAGGAAGGCUUCAGAGCUCUUGCAUCAGCACUGAGAUCAAACCCCUCACACAUGAGAGAGCUGCAGCUGAGUGGGAAUAAAGCAGGAGAUUCAGGAGUGAAGCAUCUUUCUUCUAUUCUGGAGGAUCCCAAUUGCAAACUGGAGAAACUAGACUUGUCUAACUGCAGUUUUGGAGAGGAAGGCUUCAGAGCUCUUGUAUCAGCGCUAAUAUCAAACCCCUCACACAUGAGAGAGCUGCAGCUGAGUGGAAAUAGAGCAGGAAAUUCAGGAGUGAAGCAUCUUUCUUCUCUUCUGGAGCAUCCCGACUGUAAACUGGAGACACUACAUCUGAGGUACUGCUGUAUUACAGAUAAAUGCUUCAGGUGUUUAGCAGCAGCACUGAGAUCAAAGCCAUCAGCCCUCAGAGAGCUUCGGCUGGUUGGGAAUGAACUUGGACCCUCAUCACAGCAGCUGCUCUCUGAACUACAGCAAGAUCCAAACUGUAAACAUAUACAAAUAGGUAUAUGAACAUCCUUCCAUUUCCAUGCCGUGUGCUGAAGCAUGUAUAAUAGUCAUGAAACAUGCCAUGAAACACACACACAUGUCACUGAUUGCAGUAAUGCAGUACUGUAUACAGUGCUCAGAAAUACCCCUCCACUACUAAGUAUUUAAGUGACAUAAACAUUUGAAGUCACAAUAUAUGUGUCAUUGAUUACAGGAUGAAUACAGUGGUUACAUUUCCAUGUAGAGUUCUGAAAUUCCCCUCCAGACUGAGUAUGAAAGUCAUUAAACAUGUGACACACGUCACUGAUUACAGUUUUGAUGAAUAUUAUCUCUAGUCUGGUCAUGGAACUGGUCCUGGCUGUGAGGUUCAAGACUAUGGAUGUGCUUUCAUGGGGUUUGGUGUUUUUUGGUAUGGACCCUGCUAUAAUACUUAACAGCACAGACCUCAACACAGUUGGCGUCAUGAGGACAAAUAAGCCUUAUAAUGCACCUUCAGUCUUAAAUGCCUAUAACAACUCAUUAUAAUACCUCAUGGCUGUUGCUAUGAGCAUGUAUGAGCAUGUAUAUAUGUUUAUGUCGAUAGAUAUCAAGCCUUAUGAAUGUAUUAUAAUGUGUUAUGCAUGCAUUUAUAUCGUCUUAUGAAUAGCAAGUACAUAGAAAGUGUUACCAAGUGUUUUUCAUUGUUUUUACAAGUUCCUGUAAAUUGUACUGAAAUUGUUUGUUAUGUCUUUGAAUUAA